GGGGGCUUGCUCUGGGCACUGGCUUUUGCCCAGUUAAGUUGAAAAGUGAACUCGACUCGGGAUGGUUCUCCUGUCACUUUGGUUGAUAGCAGCCGCCCUGGUAGAGGUUAGGACCUCAGCCGAUGGACAAGCUGGUAAUGAAGAAAUGGUGCAAAUAGGGUUCUACAAUUCUAUUUUUCAUUCAACAGAUUUACCAACAAAGAAGCAGAGGGAGUAUGAGCUAGUGACUCCAGUCAGCACAAACCUAGAAGGACAGUAUCUCUCCCAUGUUCUUUCUGCAAAUCACAAAAAGAGGUCAACAAGAGACGUUUCUUCCAACUCAGAACAGUUGUUCUUUAACAUCUCAGCAUUUGGAAGAGAUUUCCAUCUUCGACUAAAACCCAAUUUUCAGCUGGUCGCACCGGGAGCUGUUGUGGAAUGGCACGAGACUGAUCUGGGGCCUGGGAAUAUAACCAGCCCCAGGGAUGAUCAUCAGCCAGGUGGUAUUUCUGAAAGAAUCUGGAAAAUGGAGCCAUUGCAGACUAAUUGCGCUUAUGUUGGUGACAUCAUGGACAUUCCAGGAACCUCUGUUGCCAUUAGCAACUGUGAUGGUCUGGCUGGGAUGAUAAAAAGUGAUAAUGAUGAGUAUUUCAUUGAACCCUUGGAAAGAGGCAAACAGAUGGAGGAAGAAAAGGGAAGAGUUCAUGUUGUCUAUAAGAGAUCAGCAGUAGAACGGGCCCCGAUUGACAUGUCCAAAGACUUCCACUACACAGAUUCAGAUCUGGAAGGCCUCGGUGACCUCGGAACUCUUUAUAGCAACAUUGACCAGCAGCUCAAUGAGACAAUGAGACGACGCAGACACGCAGGAGAAAAUGAUUACAACAUCGAGGUGCUGCUGGGUGUGGAUGACUCUGUGGUUCGUUUCCAUGGCAAAGAACAUGUGCAAAACUACCUCCUCACCCUGAUGAACAUUGUAAAUGAAAUUUACCAUGAUGAGUCCCUUGGAGUACAUAUAAAUGUGGUCCUGGUACGCAUGAUAAUGCUGGGUUAUGCAAAGUCAAUCAGCCUUAUAGAAAGAGGAAACCCAUCGAGGAGCUUGGAAAAUGUGUGCCGUUGGGCUUGCCAACAACAAAAAUCCGAUCCCAAACACUCCGAACACCAUGACCAUGCAAUUUUCUUAACUAGACAAGACUUUGGACCUGCGGGAAUGCAAGGAUAUGCGCCAGUCACCGGCAUGUGUCAUCCGGUGAGAAGUUGUACCCUGAAUCAUGAGGACGGUUUUUCAUCCGCUUUUGUAGUAGCCCAUGAAACUGGCCAUGUAUUAGGAAUGGAGCACGAUGGCCAAGGCAACAGGUGUGGUGAUGAGACCGCGAUGGGAAGCGUCAUGGCUCCCUUGGUGCAAGCAGCCUUUCACCGUUACCACUGGUCACGAUGCAGUGGCCAAGAAUUGAAGAGAUACAUUCAUUCCUAUGACUGUCUCCUUGAUGAUCCUUUUGAACAUAAUUGGCCCAAACUCCCAGAGCUUCCUGGAAUUAAUUAUUCUAUGGAUGAGCAAUGUCGCUUUGACUUUGGCGUUGGUUAUAAAAUGUGCACUGCGUUCCGAACCUUUGACCCAUGCAAACAGCUCUGGUGCAGCCAUCCUGAUAAUCCUUACUUCUGUAAGACUAAAAAGGGACCCCCACUUGAUGGAACUGAAUGUGCUGCUGGAAAAUGGUGCUAUAAGGGCCAUUGCAUGUGGAAGAAUGCUAAUCAACAAAAGCAAGAUGGCAAUUGGGGCUCCUGGACCAAAUUUGGUUCCUGUUCCCGAACAUGUGGAACUGGGGUUCGUUUCAGAACACGUCAGUGCAAUAAUCCAAUGCCCAUCAAUGGCGGUCAGGAUUGUCCUGGUGUUAAUUUUGAGUACCAGCUUUGUAGUACGGAAGAAUGCCAGAAACACUUUGAGGACUUCCGAGCCCAGCAGUGCCAGCAGCGAAACUCCCACUUUGAAUACCAGAAUAGCAAACAUCACUGGUUGCCCUACGAACAUCCCGACUCCAAGAAAAGAUGCCACCUUUAUUGUCAAUCCAAAGAGACUGGAGAUGUCGCUUAUAUGAAGCAACUGGUGCAUGAUGGGACACGCUGCUCCUACAAAGAUCCCUAUAGCAUAUGCGUACGGGGAGAGUGUGUGAAAGUGGGCUGUGAUAAAGAAAUCGGUUCUAAUAAAGUUGAAGAUAAGUGUGGCGUCUGUGGAGGAGAUAAUUCCCACUGCCGAACCGUAAAAGGGACAUUUACCAGAACACCUCGGAAACUUGGGUACCUUAAGAUGUUUGAUAUACCCCCUGGUGCUAGACAUGUGUUAAUCCAAGAAGACGAGGCUUCUCCUCAUAUUCUUGCUAUCAAGAACCAAGCCACAGGCCACUACAUUUUAAAUGGCAAAGGGGAGGAAGCCAAGUCUAGGACUUUCAUAGAUCUUGGUGUGGAAUGGGAUUAUACCAUUGAAGAUGACAUUGAAACUCUUCACACCGAUGGACCUUUACAUGAUCCUGUUAUUGUUUUGAUUAUACCUCAGGAUAAUGAUACCCGCUCUAGCCUGACAUAUAAGUACAUCAUCCAUGAAGACUCUGCUCCUACAAUCAACAACAACAAUGUCAUCCAGGAGGAAUUAGACACUUUUGAGUGGGCUUUGAAGAGCUGGUCUCAGUGUUCCAAACCCUGUGGUGGAGGUUUUCAAUACACUAAAUAUGGAUGCCGUAGGAAAAGUGACAAUAAGAUGGUUCAUCGCAGCUUCUGUGAGGCCAACAAAAAACCUAAACCGAUCAGAAGAAUGUGCAACAUUCAAGAGUGUACACAUCCACUCUGGGUGGCAGAAGAGUGGGAGCACUGCACCAAAACCUGUGGCAGUUCUGGCUACCAGCUGCGCACCGUCCGCUGCUUGCAACCCCUCCACGAUGGCACCAAUCGUUCUGUGCACAGCAAGUACUGCGUGGGCGACCGUCCCGAGAGCCGACGGCCGUGUAACAGGGUCCCCUGCCCCGCCCAGUGGAAAACAGGGCCCUGGAAUGAGUGUUCUGUAACCUGUGGUGAAGGGACGGAGGUCAGGCAGGUCCUGUGCAGGGCUGGAGACCAUUGUGAGGGUGAGAAGCCGGAGUCUGUGAGGGCCUGUCAGCUCCCUCCCUGUAACGAUGAGCCUUGUUUGGGAGACAAGUCCAUAUUCUGUCAAAUGGAGGUGCUGGCGCGAUACUGUUCCAUCCCUGGCUACAACAAGUUGUGCUGCGAGUCCUGUAGCAAGCGGAGCAGCACCCUACCCCCGCCCUACCUUCCGGAAGCUGCUGAAGCUCACGACGAUGCUCUCUUCCACCCCAGUGACCUCCCCGGAUCUCUCACCAUGCCUACAUCUUUGGUUCCUUACCAAUCAGAGGGGCCUGCUGAGAAGAAGGAACCUCGGAGAAGGAUCUCUCCGGCGGGAGGUGCAGGCGCAUAUGCUGCUUUUCGACCCAAUAGUAAACCUGAUGGUGCUCCCUUACCCCCGAGGAGAUCUCAGCAAACUGCAAGGAAGACUGUGAGGCUGCUCUCGCCACCCACGAAGAGCGGCCACCUCAAUUCAUCCUCUCAUACGGCUGCUGCCCGCUUCCUGGCCGUCAGUGAUGCCGUCGGUGCUGCUCAGACAAGAACCUCAACGAAAGAUGAAAAGAUGAUUGACAAGAGACGUCCAGUGAGAUCGGUCCCCCUGGCAAGAUGAGAACGUGAACCUCAAAGGCUGAAAAUCAGGACAAGUUCCCCCUUCUCGUGGUGCAUAUAGCUAGUUUAAAGU